AUGAAAAAGACCAACCCAAGAGACAAGGAAUGGGCAGCCAUCCAAAUUUUGGAAGAGAGAGGUGGAAAAUACUUGAUCGAAUGGGCAGGGAUAGAUCCAUCCACCCAAAAACCAUGGGCACCCACGUGGGAACCCAAAAAAUUGGCGAACAAAGCUUUGGCCAGGGAAUGGCAACAUAAGAAAAGACGACAAUCACAAGCUACUUUGCCCAACACCAAAGACAAGUCCAGCAUACCAGUCGAUUCCCCGAAUACAACCCUCCCUGGUGGAGACACCCAAACUGAAGGAAGCAACGAUCUUGCAGAGGUCAACAUACAUAUCAAAGCCUCCCAAGAAGACGAGCUAGAGGAUGAGCUUAUUCCCCUAGCAGAAUUUGUGCCAGCCCCAAUCACAACACCAGAGCAGUACACAACAAUAGUGGACGACCUACCCCUGCACGUAGUCCAAGCCGUGGCCUCGGAUUUAUUAUGGAUCCUCGACUAA